AUGGCCCCCGAGGCCGCCUCAGGGAACCAGGACCUUGGGAGGGGACCCCCACCAGGCCUGACCCCCCUGGCCGCCUCAGGGAACCAGGGACCCGGCAGGGACCCCCACCCAGCAUGGCCCCCAAGGCCGCCUCAGGGAGCCAGGGACCCGGCAGGGACCCCCACCGGGCAUGGCCCCCGAGGCCGCCUCAGGGAACCAGGACCCUGGGAGGGGACCCCCAGCACGCAGGUCCCCCGCGGCCGCCUCAGGGAGCCCGACCUCCGGCCGCGUUCACGACCUCCUCCCCUCCUAAAGCCCAGAUGGACCCCGGACACACACACUGACCCUAACCCACCUACCAUCCUCGUACACGGGCGGAGUCUGCUCCUCUCCGCCUCACCACCGAGUCUGCUCCUCUCCGCCUCACCACCGAGUCCUCUGCCUCCCCACCUCUCAUCUUCGUACAGAGGGUGCUCUCCUCUCCUCCGCCUCACCACCUCUCAUCUUCGUACAGAGGGUGCUCUCCUCUCCUCCGCCUCACCACCUCUCAUCUUCGUACAGAGGAUGCUCUCCUCUCCUCCGCCUCACCACCUCUCAUCUUCGUACAGAGGAUGCUCUCCUCUCCUCCGCCUCACCACCUCUCAUCUUCGUACAGAGGAUGCUCUCCUCUCCUCCGCCUCACCACCUCUCAUCUUCGUACAGAGGAUGCUCUCCUCUCCUCCGCCUCACCACCUCUCGUCUUCGUACAGAGGAUGCUCUCCUCUCCUCCGCCUCACCACCUCUCGUCUUCGUACAGAGGAUGCUCUCCUCUCCUCCGCCUCACCACCUCUCGUCUUCGUACAGAGAAUGCUCUCCUCUCCUCCGCCUCACCACCUCUCGUCUUCGUACAGAGGAUGCUCUCCUCUCCUACGCCUCACCACCUCUCAACUUGGACCGGGUUUUGGCCGCUCAGGAACCCAUCCGCCUCCAGGGUCAGCCCGGCUCACGUCCUACCCGUCCCAGGGAACCAGGGCCCUGGGGAGUGACCCCCACCAGGCCUCACCCCCUCACCCGCCUCAGGGAACCAGGGCCCUGGGGAGUGACCCCCACCAGGCCUCACCCCCUCACCCGCCUCAGGGAACCAGGGCCCUGGGGAGUGACCCCCACCAGGCCUCACCCCCUUACCCGCCUCAGGGAACCAGGGCCCUGGGGAGUGACCCCCACCGGGCCUCACCCCCUUACCCGCCUCAGAGAACCACACCUCCGGCCAGGGACCCCCACCGGGCCUCACCCCCUACCCGACUCAGGGAACCACACCUCCGGCCAGGGACCCCCUUACCUGUUCACCGUGCGAACCCGGGGAUCCCACACUUAAGCCGGGGUUACUUUCCCUGCCAACCCGCGCCUCCAGAGAACCGGCCCACUGGUCGCCCAAAACGCCCGCUUCCCACUGGGCCCUGGGGGAAGGACCCCACCCAGACUGACCCCCCCCCUCCGGCCGACUCGGACACACGCGCCGCUCCCACUGGUCCCCCGGGGACCGGGAAAGAGGAGGAGUCGCCUCCCGACGCGAGAGGGGUAGGGGAGCCGAACCGGGACGGGCCAGGUCCCGGACGGCCGCCCCCACGCACGCGCUCGCCCCCGGGGGGCGUCGGACCGGGGCGGGCCAGGCCCCGGCCGACGUUUCCCCCCCUGGGCGCUCGCCCGGAGAGCGAGGCACGUCCGCCGUCCGGGGCUGGCCGGGCCCCGGGCGACGGACCUCCCCGCCCCCCGGCGCUCGCGGCGGGAGACUUCGGAGGUGUACCGCCCCAGUCAAACUCCCCACCUGCCACUGUCCCCGGGACGGGUCGCCGGGGGGGAGACCUCACGGGUAGAGAGGCCCUCCCCGGCUUGACGCCAGAAGCGAGAGCCCGCCGGGGGCUCGCCUCCCCGCCUCACCGGUGCCAGACUAGAGUCAAGCUCAACAGGGUCUUCUUUCCCCGCUGA